AUGGCGUCCGAGAAGGCUAACAACCCCAUGAGGGAGCUCAAGAUUCAGAAGCUCGUUCUGAACAUUUGCGUCGGCGAGUCUGGUGACAGACUGACCCGUGCCGCCAAGGUGCUUGAGCAGCUUUCUGGUCAGACUCCUGUCUACAGCAAGGCCCGUUACACCGUCCGUACCUUCGGCAUCCGUCGUAACGAAAAGAUCUCCGUUCACGUCACCGUCCGUGGCCCCAAGGCCGAGGAGAUUCUCGAGCGUGGCCUCAAGGUCAAGGAGUACGAGCUCCGCAAGCGCAACUUCUCCGAGACUGGCAACUUCGGCUUCGGUAUCUCCGAGCACAUUGAUCUCGGCAUCAAGUACGACCCCUCCAUUGGUAUCUACGGCAUGGACUUCUACUGCUGCAUGACCCGCCCUGGUGAGCGCGUCACCCGCCGCCGCCGCAUGAAGUCCACCAUCGGUGCCUCUCACCGCAUCAAGCGCGACGAGACUGUCCGCUGGUUCAAGUCCCGCUUCGACGGCAUUGUCCGAUAA